AAAAGCAUCAUCCUCCCCUCGAGCAACCCGUGCAACGACUUCUUCGACUUUGCAUGCGGGAAAUGGGUUCAGGACAAUCCGUUGAAACCGGGCGAUAUGAUGACCGGCACGCCGUUGGGCCUCGAGGCUCUGCUUCACACGAAGAUAAAAGAAUUCCUCGUCGCCGUCCCCCACAAUGCCUCGGCCACUCACGCGGAUCGUAUCGUGCACAAGGUCUACAACAUGUGCAUCGAGACUCAACAUGGAGGAGUCCAACAGUUCCGCGAGCUUGUGACGCAGCUGGGCGGGCCCCCAUUCACCGCCUCAUCUCGGCCAUCCUACGAAGAAAUCAUUCGGCUGACGGGCGGUGAUGUGUUCCCUUUCUUCCAGCCGAUGCGCUAUUUCGACGGCGAACUCCUUGGAAUCGUGCUCGCCUCGAUCGCCCAACUCUUCCCCGAGCACGUGCCAAAACGAAGGAGCCUGGUCGAGAAGCUAUCUCUGCAAUUGGCCGCCGACUUCGGGUCGACAUUGUCGGAAGAACGGCUCGAAAAGGGCCUCAACGGCUACAUGGACCUGUUAAACAAGCUUGAAGCUGAGGUUUAUAUUUUCGAUACCCGUCCCGGCGACAACGCGCAACGCUUCUUCAACGACAUUGGAGAAUUGUCGGCGCGAUUCCCGAAUUUACACCUCAAAACACAGCUCGACGCGCAUCUCCAGCAUUUCGGCACUAACUUCUCGGUCAUAGUCCAAGCGGCAUCGUAUUUUGAAAAGCUGACCCGAAUCGUCUACGAUCAGCCAGAAGACGUGCUCGAGGCGCUCGUCAUCGAGCUGUUCAUCUCCCGCUUUGGCGAGCUCGGCAAUUCAUAUCACGCUCUUUGGCAGGAAUCAAAAACCACUGGCCAGGACGUUGAGAAGGAGUGCAUCAAAAAAGGUACGAUGGCUAUGUUGCUCGUC